AUGUUUGUGCACAAAGCAGUGGUUUUCAACCUGGGCAAUAUUGUCCCAGGAGAGAAAUUUGUCAAGGUGAACAAUACACAGCUCACAAAUGAAAAGCAUGCAGAAGAGAAACCUAUUAAUGCUAUCAUUAUAAAUUCAGUAUCCGAAUUCAGUAUCACAGAUGGACCAGCCCAGGAAAGCCCCAAUGAGAAAAACCUGUCAGGAUCGAGCACUUCACUCUCCUCCCUUGAAGAAUGCCAAACGAAAUUUCCCUACCUCCAAACUAAUACUUCAGUUCAUCGGAGAGAUGCUGAUGAGGAGUGUGCCUCCCUGAUCCUCACCUGUCUCUUUUGCCAGUUCUGGGACUGCCUCCUCAAGCUCCCUGACACAUGUGAAACGGUGUGCAUCAACCUGUGCUGCCCCUCUCACAGGUACUACUCUGCCUCAGAUGAGAACCAUCCACGCAAUGAUUGCAACUUGACCUGUGACAUGGACUGCAGCCUCUUUGAAUCUUGCCAUGAGACCAGUGAGUGCCUGGAGCUGGCCAUGGAGAUAUCAGAAAUCUGUUACCGCUAG